AUGGCGAACAAUUCCGUGAACAAGAGCAAACCCGUCAAGUCAGAUUUGGCCCCAAGCGGCUCCGAGGCAAAGUCCUCUGACGAGCAAAAUUCUGCUGAGAAGAAGAAUGGGAUUGAGACGUCCACCAAGCAAGGCCAAACCUAUACCGCGCCCCCAUUCUCACUGGAGACUCUCCGUUGGCCAGAUCAUCCUAUCGAGUUACCCGUCUCUAUGGAGAUAGUCCGCGACCCGUGGGCAUUGGAGCGUCGUUAG